CCAUUUCUUGUCAAUUAUACAAAGGGCAGUCUUUUUCUAGAUCUACUGCCCUCUCUCUCUCUCUCUCUUUGAUUCCUUCUUCAUCAUUGUAAGAUCUCUCUUUCCCCCGUUGAAUUACAUCUCUCUUUCACACACACACACACACGUCGAUUUGGUUCAUAACAAUUGAUUUUGACAAAGUUUAUGCAUUGAAAAAAGAUGGGUUUAUCAUUCGGGAAGCUUUUCAGCCGGCUGUUUGCCAAGAAGGAGAUGCGUAUUCUGAUGGUUGGUCUUGAUGCAGCUGGUAAAACCACCAUAUUGUACAAGCUCAAGCUGGGAGAGAUUGUUACCACUAUUCCUACCAUUGGAUUCAAUGUGGAGACCGUUGAAUACAAGAACAUAAGCUUCACUGUCUGGGAUGUCGGGGGUCAGGACAAGAUCAGACCAUUGUGGAGGCAUUACUUCCAAAACACACAAGGACUUAUCUUUGUGGUUGAUAGUAAUGAUCGUGAUCGUGUUGUUGAGGCUAGGGAUGAGCUGCAUCGCAUGUUGAAUGAGGAUGAACUGAGGGAUGCUGUGCUGCUUGUGUUUGCCAACAAGCAAGAUCUUCCAAAUGCUAUGAAUGCUGCUGAGAUUACCGACAAGCUUGGUUUGCACUCCCUCCGUCAGCGUCACUGGUACAUUCAGAGCACAUGUGCUACCUCUGGAGAAGGGUUGUAUGAGGGGCUUGACUGGCUCUCAAACAACAUUGCAAACAAGGGUUGAACAUGAGAUCCAAGAUUUUUGCAGCUAUAUUUUUGUCAAUAUAGACUUCAACAAUGUCUAGAACACUUGUGCACCAUGCGAGAUGGAUCCACUUAUCAGUAUUAUUUUUUUUUUCAGUACAUUUUCCUUUCUUUAAAAGAAUGUUGCUUUACAGUAACUUUAGUUGAAUUCAUGUAAUAUUUUAUACUCUGGGUUUACAUAUUCUCAAUGACUCUGCUUUUGGCAUUUUGUUUUAACUAAAGACUUGAUGUUCUCGCCCA